UCAAAUUUAAGCAACCUUCAGCUUCAAACACUUUUCCCAUUUAACCCAAUUCUCCUUCUCAUAAAUUAAGCCAACCCAAUAUAACAAAUUCCAAUAUUUUAACUUAUUUAAGAAGAUCACAUUCUUGAUCGAUCAUCAGGAUCGUUGAGAUGGACAAGGUGUCAAAGUUGGCUGAGAAGGGGAUAGUGAUAUUCAGUAAGAGUUCUUGUUGCAUGUGUUAUGCAGUCAAAGUUCUAUUUAAGGAUCUAGGAGUGACCCCUAUUGUUUAUGAGAUCGACCAAGACCCUGAAUGCAGGGAAAUGGAGAAAGCUCUCAUGAAGUUGGGUUGCAAUUCUCCUGUACCAGUUGUGUUCAUUGGGGGACAGCUCAUAGGAUCCACCAAUGAAGUCAUGUCCCUCCAUCUGAGCGGCCAGUUGAUUCCACGGUUGUCGCAUCCUUAAAUCAGGGUUUAUCUUUUAUAUAUAUAUAUAUAUGUAUGUAUAUACUCCUCCAAUGGCUUGUUGGAAGGAAUAAAAAUUUGGGUAAAAUUAGUAUUGUAGUCGAUCUGUAGUAUAUAUGUAGUAUUUAUGUGUGAAGUACUUUGUAGCAUUUGAUUGGCUAAUAUAUAGUGUGUAAUCUGCCUCCUAUUUAUUCUUAAUGAAGUUUGGCUUUAAAUA